GGCCGGAGCGGCCUAGCGCUUUCUCCUCAGCGACGGGGCCCGAGCCCGAGGAUCGGGCAGGAGGCUGGGGACCGUGGCCACUCCGGCCAGCGAGCCGGCGGGGAGGAUGGACCAGCCGCCGAGAGCCCCGGCCUGCAUGGACGGCCUGCGGCAGGACCUGACGGACCUGCAGGGAGCUGUGCUGGACGUCUUCUCCCGGGCCGGGGUCGUGCGCCGCCCGUCCUGGAAGUUCCCCGACAAGCUGUCCUGCGAUCUGGACCUGGUGGCCCUGCUGGACCGCUACGACCGCGUGGACGGCGACCCCGAGUUCUCCCAGCCGGCCCACGUCGUCCUCCUGGAGCUGGUGAUCGACAGGCUGCUGCUACUCCUCCAGAGUUUCUCGAGCUACACGGACAGUCUCACCGGCCGCCGGACGGGACCCCCGGCUCACCCCGAAGGGCCCCGCACCUCCGUCGGCCUCGCCGCCCUCCGGGCCUGGAACGGCCUGCUGAGCCUGGGAGCCCUCGGCCGGCAGGCAGCCCCCCAGUCGGGAGGUCAGGAAACCCUCCCCUCCCCGGAGCCUCCGCCCGGGAGCCCGGAGGCCGGGACGAGGCCCCGGCCGAAUGCCCGCGCGGCCCACUCCCAGACGGCGGAGACGUCCCCGCUGCCCUGCGGCGCCUGCGCCCGGGCCCAGGGCAACCUCCUGGACGCCAGCCGUGCCAUCGCCGGCCUGUGCCGCAGCCAGAACCUCCCGUCCUCCCUGGAGGCCUUCCAGCGGGCGCUGGACCGGGCCGGUGCCCGCCUUCCCCUGGAGGCCGCCGACCUGGGCCACUGGGCCUCGGAGCAGGGCAAGGACGUGGCCCGCCUGGAGAAGCACCUGCGGGCGCUGGGAGAGCAGGUGGGCCCGCUCAGGGCGCGGCUCGCCGAGGCCGAGGGCGGGAAGGGGCAGCUCCGGGCCCGGGCGCGGGAGCUGGAGGCCGCGCUGCGGCGCGGACGGGAGGAGCGGGAACGGCUCGGGGCCGAGGCCGAGCGGGCGCUGCGGGACAAGGACGGCGACUGCCAGAGGGCCCUGGCCACCCUGCAGAGGGACAAGGAGCGGCUGCAGUCCGAAUCAGCCGUGCUGAAGCGGAAGGUGUCCGCCUUGACGGAGGAGACGAAGGAACACCAGGCCCUCAAGCAAGCCCUGGAGACCCGGGUCAGCCGGCUGGAGGACCAGGUGCAGCUGCUGAGCGGGAGGCUGGACGACGCCGGCCGGAGGCUCGAGCGGGCCGGCACCGAGCUGGACAAGGAGAAGGCCAGAGUGGAAAGCAUGGCCCGUCACCAGGAGGCUCUGCAGGCCAAGCACAGGAUCCUGACCCAGCAGCUGAGCGGCGUGGCCCGGGAGCGGGAGGAGCUGCGGGCAAGCCUGGGGGCGGCCGACGAUGCCCGCCUGCGGCUGGAGGCCGAGAUGGGGCAGCUGCAGUGCCAGCUGACCGCUCAGCGGGAGCUGCUGCAGAGCCUGCAGCACGAGAACCAGAGGCUGGAAGGGGCGGCCCAGGAUUCCCGGCUGACCGUCUCCGAGCUGGAAGGGCUGGUCCGGCAGCUGAGGGAACGGGAACGGCUGCUUGUGGCCUUCCCUGCCCUCCACGUCCCGCCGGAGGCACAGUGGGAGAGUUCCGGGGACGUGGCCGAAGACAUGGAGCGCCAGCUGCGGGCCAACACCGUCCGCCUGCACGGCCUGGAGGAGGAGAACCGGCGGCUCCGGGCCUCGCUGGCCAAGGUGAAGGAGGGGGCCCAGCGGGGGACACUCCGGAUGAUCCCGCAAACCCAACUCUGGUCCCAGCCCCCUGGGGGGGCCCCGGAAUGUGCGGCCACUUCUCCGAGCGUCUCCUCAGGCCACGCGACCGCAUCCGACAGCCAGGCCAGCCGAGAGUGCCCGGGUCCUCCGCGUGGCGAUGCUCAGGACGGGACCCCGCCUCUCCCCCCAACCGGCCUGCUCGUCCCCCCGCGCCCCGUGGACCUCGUAACCCUGUCGGCCGCCAGCCCCGUGAGCGAGCUGGCCAGACUGAGGGGCGCGGGGCUGAGGAGGGGCCGGGCCCGGUCCGCGCCCGGGCACCGGCGCAGGUAGACGUGGGGGCGCGGGGAGCGAGAGGGGCCACCCGGGGAGCAAGGAGAGAGAGAAAAUGAGCGUGCUCCCCUGCUGAGCGGUUCCCCGGGCUCUAGUCUUAGAGGGGAGGGACCUGCGGAUCGGAUCGGGAAAAACAAGGCGGAGCGGCCGCGUCUGUUGGGACAGAGGCCAGGAACUCUGCCUGUCAUUUCCAGAGAAAGGGAGAGGAAGGUGGGGGUGG